AUGGUUAAUCAAAUGCGUCUCUAUCAACAUUCAGCUCGUUGUCCAGAAGCACUUCGUUCAUUUCUUGAUUGCAAUCCUAUGUAUUGGUGUUUUAUUCCUCUACCUGUGGAUGAAGCAGCAACAGAAAAUGCUGCUAAUCGUCCAGGAACUUCUACUACAGAUCCCAAUCUGGAUGCUGUGAUAGCAACUACUGCCGUAGACAAUCGUAGGGUGGCUAAUUAUCUAGAUAAUGUAUCAUUACCACCAACUCCCUAUGCCUUCUCAUAUCGACAGAUAAAACAACAGCGUCUAUUUUUCGAACGAUUUGUUACUUCUUCUAUUCAUUACCGGCCUUAUAUCAAAUUAGAUUUGUAUAACAUAGCAAUCAUUGCCGUUUUACCAGAUGAUUGUUCAAUGAUACUACGAUACAUUAUCGAAACAUUAUUCAUUAUUCAUGGUGAAACUAAAUUGAAUAUGAUUUGUCCACUUGGUGGUGAUGCUGAAAAACGUUACGGUUUUCCGUAUAACCUGGAUUGGUGUGACAAUUUGAAUCAAUCAUCAAUGUCAACCACGACAUCAACUCAGUGACGUUUUAAACCCACAAUGGUCACUAUUAUAAAAUAACAUUUAAUCAAUAUAAGCAACUUUAUUUCACUCGUAGAUAAUAGUUAAUCUUUAGUGUUUGUAAUCUGUGUGCAAAAUAGUUAACCUUAGAUUAAUGAAAUAUAUUUGUGCAUUUCUCCCAAUAUCAUACUCAAAUAUAGUUUCAUUCUAGAUAAGUAUAAUCCUCCACGCACACUUACUCGUUUACUGCUCAACUAAACAAAACCAAGACAUCUUGGUCAUAAAUCAAGCCAUGUCACUACCAAAUACAUGACAAAUCAACCUAGGUUCGCUCAAUAUCUGUAUAGAUUAUCAGACAACGGCUUGACUGAAACUAAAAAUCAAUCGAUACACCAAAAACCUAUCUCCACUAGCUCUGCAUUAGGUAUCAGAACUGCGACAAUACCACAUCGCAAACAUUAUCCAGAAUAAACAAACAUAAUCAAUGAAACACAAAUAAAAAAAAACAACACCUUCGGGUAAAAUUACCAGUUCACUCCAAAACGAACUUACAUAUUUCAAACACUUAUUAGAUUACUCCUAACAAAACACUAAAAUUACUAGCACUAACACACCAUUUAACAUACUGCUGCUUCAUAAAACUGCUCGUCAUUUCCAUUAAUCCAUCCAAGUCGCACUAAACUACCUUCAUUCCAUCUACACUAUUGAAACAACAAACGCCAAAGCGAAUACUUCACAUUCCAACAAACAAAAAUCUUCCGACAGAAGAUUCUAUGCUACUUUCCCAUAGAUUUAUAAACAUCUAUUCCUUCCCAAAACAAAUUCCUCUGCGCCACAAAAAACACUAUCAACUAUGUCAUAACAACGCUCAAAAAUCUACACCGAAUACCAUUCUUUCCGAUUCGACUGCUUUUACACUCCAAAUCGUAGCAGUAUAUCCCACAACAUCCUUUACUUACACAAUUGCCAUCCACAUAUCAUAUUUACUUAACAAUUCUAUCUUAAAACCUACCAAUUCUCCAUAAUGUGUUCUACAAAAUAUCGCUAACCAACAACCUCUUCCAGCCCCACUUCCGAUAUGAGCUUCUGCAAUCCAUUCGCCCAAUUCUCCAACAAAAACAACAAAUCAGUUCACAAAUACUUGCCAUAAAAUUAUAACUGUUCCAAAACAAGCCUACUAUCACUAGCACAGCUUUCAUAUAAACACACAACACAUUAAUCCGACCGCAUGCUAUUAUAACUACAACUACAACACCGUUUCCUUAAUUUACUUUCACUAUUAUCAAACUCACCACACUGAAUUCACUCCUUUCAUUUGAAAACACGAUUUAUAUCAGUACAAUUGAAAGAUCAAAAUUUUUAUUGUGGUAUCUCGAACACACACACAUGGAGGUGUUUGUCGAAAUUCUUUUCGAAUUCCGAAUUUGCAUCUUAUUUUUCAUUUGAAUUUUUCUGAAAUCGAAUCAUCCUGAAACAGAUACAUCCCACUUGAUAAUAUUUUAUCAGUGCAACUAAAACACAACAAUUUGUAUUGCCGUAACUGUAACACACCCAUAUCUCACACUUCCAUACCCACAUCAAGACGUACACCCUCUUUGCUUAACUUUCGUUGAACUCUCUCAACAUUGCAGAUUUAAGGAUUGAAUUGCAGCACUAUUUAAUAGCCGAACUUACCUGAUGAAGGCUCUUAAGCAAGGUCGAAACCGGUCGUAAGUAUAGCUUGUGCUAUUAAAAACGAAAUUCAUUUGUAUACACACCCACACCGAACAAGAAAAACUCGAUAGAAGAUAUAAUACCAAAAAGUUUUGAGAUUCCACCUGAUGACGCUCGGACAAAACAGAAACAAACGCCCAUUUGUCGUGGAACGGU